AUUGGUCCCGCCCCCGCGCCUGCUACCUCGCGAGACUUCGUGAGCUCCUCCCUUUUCCCUUUCUGCCACCGCCAUGCCAUCCAGACUGAGGAAGACCCGGAAACUCCGGGGCCACGUGAGCCACGGCCACGGCCGCAUCGGUAAGCACCGCAAGCACCCAGGCGGCCGCGGGAAUGCUGGAGGCAUGCACCACCACAGGAUCAACUUUGACAAAUAUCACCCAGGUUACUUUGGGAAAGUUGGUAUGCGGCAUUACCACUUGAAGAGGAACCAGAGCUUCUGCCCAACAGUCAACCUGGAUAAACUGUGGACAUUGGUCAGCGAGCAGACACGGGUCAAUGCGGCAAAAAACAAGACUGGAGUUGCUCCCAUCAUUGAUGUUGUUCGAUCAGGCUACUACAAAGUUCUGGGCAAGGGAAAGCUCCCUAAGCAACCUGUCAUCGUGAAGGCCAAAUUCUUCAGCAGAAGAGCUGAGGAGAAGAUUAAGGGUGUUGGAGGUGCCUGUGUUCUGGUGGCUUAAAAGCCACACCGGAGGUUAAUUAAAUGCUAACAUUUUCCAUGUGGUCUUUGCAUCCUUCCUUGUCUGCAUGUUGGAAAUCUGCCUAACAUUCUAGGAAGAGGUGAGGUGUGGGCCCUUGAGAGUCAGUCUGUGGGAAUAAGUGUAGCCCAACUAUGCACAGUUGUAAAUUCCUACAUCCCCGUGUGUAUUGGUCUUGAUAUUCAAAGAAUUGAUGAAUGCCAUUACUUUCAGUCCAAAGUGAAGAAACCUGGUCUCAAAAAAUCCCGAGGACCAGAAAUGAGAUGGGUUUUCCUGAAAAUCUAAAGUUCUUGAAAAACCUUGCCAUCCAGAUUGCUAGCAACUGCCUAGCUUUGUAAGCUUACUGUGAUGGACAGGUAGCUCAGGACGACUGGUCACUUAAUACUGGACAGAUUAGCAUGGAAAACUUAAGGGGAGGAGGAGGUAGUAGGUUCCAUCCAGCUUCGCUUUGUUGGUGGCAUCUAGGUGUUGUUCCAAGGGAGCAUGCCUACCUGCAACAGGACAUCACUGGUUGGGAAUACUGUAGAACCAGAGCUGUGACCUUUGAACUACUAGAAAGAUGAAAUUUUAUGUAAAGAGUACCUUGGAGUAAAUAAAUAAAGCCCAAGAUCCUGAUUGUCUACAUCUUUAAAUCUGGAAGUUUUUAGGGAGUAGGUUGUGUAUGCUUAGUACUGACGCUGCUUUAGUAGACAAGUGCGUAGUAAGAGGCAGUAUAAGUUGGGUCACUAAAUACGGAAAAAUUCAUUUUAAGAUGUGUUGGGGGACAAAAGACUUCUGGCUCUAGAGAUAAUACUGUGUGCUGCCCCUAGUCCAGAUGAUGUAUCUGUUUAUGGGUGGAGGAUGAUUGACAUGCAUGUGGCAGUCGGGACAAUUAUAGGGUCCGUAACAUGACAAUUGUGUAUGUAACCACAGUAAUUCUAUGUAAAGGUUUAGGCAUGUGGCUGCAUUGUUAUUUCCUAAAGCAUAUAUUUACAGGUUUUUUUUAUAACACUAUUAUACUAAGAUGUAAGUUA